AUGUCUCCAUUGUGGCUGCUUCUGGGCCUCCUUGCCCUUACUGCCUUAUGUGAAAGUAGCAAUUGGGGAUGCUAUGGAAAUAUCCGAACCAUCGAAACUCCUGGAGCAUCUUGUGGGGUUGGAAGACCACGAGGCCUCAACUACUGUGGAGUGCAUGCUUCUGAAAGACUGGCUGAAAUAGACAUGCCACAGUUAGUGAGAUAUCAACCCAUUAUGCGAACUGUUGGCCAGAAAUACUGCGUGGAUCCUGCAGUCAUUGCAGCCAUCUUGUCCAGGCAGUCUCAUGGAGGCAACGUUCUGGUCAAUGCGGGGAAUGCGGCUCAUGGAAUCCAAGACCCUGGCCAUUUUGCUCCCACAUCCUGGAUCAGUGAGUCCCAGGUUGCCAAGAUGACUGAGGUUCUGACUAUUAGAAUCAAAGAAAUCCAAAGAAGGUUUCCAACCUGGACCCCAGAUCAGUAUCUGAGAGGUGGCCUCUGUUCUUACAAUGGAGGUGUUGGCUAUGUCAGAAGUAGCCAGGACCUGAGCUGUGACUUCUGCAAUGAUGUCCUUGCACGAGCCAAAUACUACAAGAGACAUGGCUUCUAA